AUGGAAGGGUCCCUCCAACUCCUGGCCUGCUUGGUACUUGCUGUCCCAGUGGGAUCACUCGUGAGAACUAAAAGAGAUACUACGGGGAAUUUACUCCACACCGAGGGGCACAGCCCGCCAGCGCAGCGCUGGUCCAUGCAGGUGCCGGCGGAGGUGAGCGCAGUGGCGGGCGAUGCAGCAGUGCUGCCCUGCACCUUCACGCACCCGCACCGCCAUUACGACGGGCCGCUGACCGCCAUCUGGCGCGCGGGCGAGCCCUAUGCGGGCCCGCAGGUGUUCCGGUGCKCGGCGGCCCGCGGCAGCGAACUCUGCCAGACAGCGCUGAGCCUGCACGGCCGCUUCCGCCUUCUGGGCAACCCACGCCACAACGACCUGUCGCUGCGCGUCGAGCGCCUCGCGCUGGCCGACGAUGGCCGCUACUUCUGCCGCAUCGAGUUCUCCGGGGACGUCCACGACCGCUACGAGAGCCGCCACGGGGUCUGGCUGCGCGUCUCGGGCGCACCACGAAUCGUCAACAUCUCGGUGCUGCCGAGCCCUACGCACGCCUUCCGUGCGCUCUGCACGGCUGAAGGGGAGCCGCCGCCUGCCCUCGCCUGGUCCGGCCCGGCCCUGGGCAACCACUCCGCGGCGGUGCCGGGACAGAGUCACGGUUACCGGGUGACUGCCGAGCUCUCCGCGCUGACCCACGACGGCCGCUACACUUGUACGGCCGCCAACAGCCUGGGCCACGCGGAGGCCAGCGUCUACUUGUUCCGCUUCCGCGGCGCCACCGGGGCCUCGGCGAUCGCGCUCCUGCUGGGUGCGCUGGGCCUGAAGGCUCUGCUGCUGCUGGGCGUUCUGGCCGCUCUCGCCACCCGCCGCCGGCUAGAGCACCCGGUCACCCAGGACACCCCUCCGAGGCCCCAGACUCAAGAAUCCAAUUAUGAAAAUUUGAGCCAGAUGAACCCCCGGGGCCCAACAGCUGCCACAUGUUCCCCAUGA